CUCCCGCUCCCGCUCCCGCUCCCGGCCGGGCUGGGCGGGGCAGGCGCCUCCUUCCUGUUUCCGCUCGGAGUCCCGGAGCCCUCCAGGGCCGCGGGAGCUCGGCUCGCCCUUCCGCCGCUCGGCAGGCCCGGAGGGUGCCCGGGCCGCAGGUGAGGCAGUGCCGGGCGCGGCGGGCGCGGGGCUCGGAGGGAGGCGGCCGAGCCUUUCGCCGGGACGCGCUCCGGGCCGGCACCGCUGCGUUUGGUGCCAGGCCGGCGCCGCUUCGGUUCCCAAAGCACUGCCGGGCUCCCCCGCCUCCUGCUGAACCUGCAGAGAGAAACCGACCGGGCUGGCUUUCCUGCACUUCCAGAGUACCACAGACCUCUUUUUCCAUUUAGCAAUGUAUUGCUGGUAGCAUUUGCAGCUCUGUUGGAUUAAAUGUCUAAUUGUUCUGUAAGCACGGAACUUUAACAUAGGGGUUUUCCCAACAGGAAGACAGAAAAGAUGUUCGAUAUUAAGGCGUGGGCUGAGUACGUCGUGGAGUGGGCUGCCAAGGACCCCUAUGGCUUUCUCACCACCGUGAUCUUGGCUCUCACGCCGCUCUUUGUCAUCAGCGCGGCGCUGUCGUGGAAGCUGGCAAAAAUGAUUGAGGCCCGGGAACGAGAGCAAAAGAAGAAACAGAAACGCCAGGAGAACAUUGCAAAAGCCAAACGAACAAAGAAGGAUUAAAUUGGCAAAAACAGCCAGAAUCCACUGGCUAAGAAUCCACUUUCAAAAUGAAAUACUUGUACGUUUUGUGUUGUAACUGUCCUUUGAUACUUGAUCCUGUUAUUUCUUGAAGUAUGAAAUUUAAUACUUCCAGUGUAUUUUUUUUCCUGCUGAUUUGUGUUAAAAUUUGCCCAAGUGACAGUUGUCAGAGUAAUUAAAUUCACUACUUGUAUCCUAGUGCAGGUUGCUUUUCUAAAUUUGCGUGUUAAAUUAAAAAAUUAACCUCU